AUGACGAUGGGGCCUGCGGUGGAUGUGAAUGACCAUGGGUGCCAGGAUUUGCAAGUGUUGGUUGAAAGGGAAGGAGACCGUGCUGAUCAUGGAGACUAUUCGAUGCAACAUCAAGAAAAGGAGACUAAUGUGACAUGGGUAGGAGAUGAAGACGACGUUGUGGGACCUGAAACAUUAGUAACGGCUGAUUUACAGCUUGUGAAUUUACCUCUUAAUGAUCGGAAGUUCACAUGGUUUAGAGGUCGAUCUUGUAGUCCCAUUGACAGGGUUCUAGUCAGUAUAGAGUGGCUUGAAGAGUUCCCAGAUACUCGAUUGAAAGGGGACAUAGAGUUCACUAAUAAGCUGAAGGCCUUGACGGUACCGCUGAAAAGAUGGCAUAGGGAUAAUUUUGGGGAUAUGGACAACAUGAUAAAUAAGUUUGAAGAAGAGAUCAAGAAGCUUGAUGAUAUGGUUAGUGCUGGUACUUAUGAUGGAACGGUGGAGGCUCAACGGGAGGCUUUGGUGAGUUGUUGUGCGAAGUGGUAUGUCAUAAAGGAGAUUCAUUGGAAGCAGUUGUCUCGAUCUCAGCAUACUAGAGACAUGGACAAGAAUGCUAGAUACUUUCAUAACCUAGCGUCAAGUAGAAGGAGGAACAACAGAAUUGAUGCUUUGUUAAUCAAUGGAAGCCUAGUGCAAAACCAGGCCAGAAUAAAGGUUGCGAUUAGAGGAUUUUAUAACGAGUUGUAUCGGCAAGAAUAUGCUCCUAUGAUUAGGUUCCGUGAUGGGUUGGUAAAGCAAAUUGAUGAAGAUAAGGUAGUAGCAUCAGAGGUACUGUCAUCGACUGAGAAAAUCAAAGAGGCAGUUUUGGAUUGUGAGUCGACUAAAGCUCCAGGUAGUGAUGGAUAUAAUAUGAACUUCAUUAAAAAGCGUUGA